AUGGAUUUCAGAGCGACGAACACGUCAAUUGUUUCUGUCCCGCCUAAACUUGCAUAUUUUUGCGUCUACAACCCCUCCCUUGGAACUACUGAGGAGACACAAGACAAACAACUUCUGUUCUAUACUGCGCAGGAUGAAGUUCCGAUCAAUGUACAGGUUCGACAGACUGGUCUAGCUCAGGCACUUGUAAACUUUACAAAAGUGUUUUCCUCCUCUAAACCAUGUGAAAAUGUACAUACUCAGAAGAACAGGCUUGCGUUUCUGGAGCCCGAACCAGGGUAUUGGAUUCAUAUUUCUGUGCAAUUAGGUUAUCUUCAGAAAACGGUAAAAGCCAAAGAUGGCAAGACCAAACCGAUUUUUGAAUAUCUCGACGAGAAUUUGCACGAUUCAGAAAUAAGAAAAAUGCUCGAGCUGGGGUAUGAGUUGUUUCGGUUAUUCAAUGGAACGUUUAGCAGCAUUAUGAAGAAUUCAGGAGUAUCCGGCUUGAAAUCAAAAUUAUCGGAUUUCUACGGGACUUGGGUAUUUGAAUGGGAUUGGGAAAAAACCGAACUAACGAAGAUCAUCGAUGGAAUGUAUUAUCUUCCACUUCCUGGUUCACCGCAUACUUGCGUCACGUCGCUCGUAACGGCAUUAGAAAAAGAUUACGACAUGAUCUCUAAUACUCUG